GCCCAGAUAUCGAGAAAUCAUCUAUCUCGAGGAUACUCUUGAAAGAUCCGUGGAAUCCAGACGAGCGUCAAAAUCAAUCAUAAGCAAGUAGCAGCUACAGGCUUCAUAUUUCAUAACGAUGCCUUCCGCAGGCCCGAAGAAUCUGUCGCUCCGCGCUUUCUAUAAUUUUCAAUGCCCGAGACCCCAGGUGCAAGCAACCAGCCGGUUUCUCUUACCUUCAACUUGCCCUCCAGCGUUUUCAGUCCCUUGCCACUGCGCUAGUCAGCAGCAACAACCAGUGGCCUCGAGCUUCGCUCUUCAUGCACAAAGUCGUCGCAAUUCUUCGCAGCUGGCUCGAGCAAUUGCACCACGCCCCGGUACUACAGCUGAGACCUAUGUUGCUUACGGAAUGACCCAGAAGCUCUUUGAGGCAUGCUCCAACCAAGCAGACUACAAAAUACCUCAAUUGUCUCAGAAGGGCGCCCAAGUUCCUAAGACUAGCGCUGGAGAAGAUUUGGGAGUAGGCGAAGGAUGGUGGUAUGAAGAAUUGGGCCUCGUUCCUACCUUUUCUACUUGGUCGCAGGUGACAUUUUUGCACAUGUACCUAUUGACGGUUCGAUUGCGCGCGUUGCCAUCGCACGAGAGCCUUCAAACCUACUCUCGGCACCUGAUUGAUCAUUUCUCACAUAAUGCCGAACACCGCAUGGAUGUACUCCAUGGCUUGGCGAGCCGUGGCAUUCGGAAUAAAUUCCUCAAGGAUCUUUUCAUUCAAUGGCGCGGUGUUCUAGCUGCCUACGACGAAGGCCUCAUUAAAGGAGAUGCCGUGUUGGGAGCUGCCGUCUGGAGAAACCUGUGGAAGGCGAGCCACACUGCACCUGACGGUAAAGACUUGGACUGGUCGAAGAUAGCUCAGGUCGUCGCAUAUAUGCGAAGAGUGCUUUCCGAGCUCUCUCAAGUACAUGAGGCCGACUUGGUCUUCCAAUUAGAGCGCCAAAAGAGUGGGAAACCGGGGAUUUUCUCCUAUUCCGAAGUCGACCGCAAGAUGGUCAAUAGCCAGCGGUAAUACUACAAUUAAGCGGCUAAUUAUCAGUGCUUUCUUGCCUGCCUGCUAUUUCGUAUACGCUCUUGCCUACAGUCUACAGUGUAACAUAUUACUAUGAUGCCAUCAACAUAUUUGCAUGGCCGUUUUUGCAUACUUCACUACCACUUCGAUGGCUAAUGAGCGUAGACGACCCCGCCCGUUGGGUCAUAUCCAAUAUGAAUU